AUGUCAACCGAAUCACAUCUCAGGUCAGCGAAUAAAUCAUUACCGAAGCUACCAAAAAUCUCGAUUGAAAGUCACCGGCCGUGCACUCGUGGGGAUGGAGAAUCUUGCCCCAGUCCAACAAUUCGCAAACAUGACGGAAUUCCGUCAUUGGUACCUCAGAAUACCGCGUCGAGGCUCCCUCAAUUUCAACAAUCACGACGUUGGGCCAAGAAAUAUGGCCCCGGUCCACCUCCGCCAACACCACCACCAAAAGAGAGACUGCAACAGGAGCUGAACACUGCGCAAGAACCCGAUGAUCGCAUGCUUUCCAAGCGUGAAGAAUCGUUCGAACAACAACGGGCCGAGCUUAAACGGCUCCCAGCUAUGCUUCCGAGGAUAGAGGAGCCAGAAAACCAUGGAUACCUCGAUGACAACAGCCCUAACCCCCAGGAAUCUAACUUGUGCCCACAUGUGGCGUCGAAGUAUUGGGAAAAUGUCAAAGCAACAAUACUGACAACCACACGUGGAACAACACUUCCCAAGCAUGAUCUCUAUCCCCAGAGCCGGCGAGCUACGCCAACAAAGUCUCGAGACAGGGCGAUCGGCCGCAGGGGCACUCGGAUCCCAGUACCAGCAAUAGCAGGAAUUGGAUUUAAAGCAAAGCAUAGACGACGAGCCUCUUCUGUGAAGCGAAAUACAACCAGACCGAGCGCGACCCAAGGCAGUUUUGUUCAUCAAGAUGAGGGCGCCCAAAAGGAGAACUCAGUUCGACAAGUGCCACCAUCCCCUGUCCUCUCACUGCAUGACCCGGAAAAAGAUAGCAGAUUCUCCAAAGAAUGUAUGGACAUUCUCAAGAACAUGGACUUUAACCGAGAUUGGCUUUUGGUCCCGACCUUGGAGACAAGCAGCUCCUCAUUACGAAUCGCUGAGCAGGCAGCAUUGAGUCACAAGAAUUGUGCCCAGGAGGGAAACCCCUAUGAGAAAAUAACCAUACAGGCAGCCCUUGCAGCGGAGCCAGUCACAGCAUGCCCAAAUAGCCCUGAGCUGGUACCUCAUGUACCUCAUAUAACAAUAACAUCCAGCUCCACACCCCAUUUUCAUGCACAUGGCGCACAAUCGUCUGCCGUGCAUCUGAUGAAGGACGAUCUAUCAUUUGCAACAUUACCGCAAAGAAAGAGGUCACCCCGUUCCGAUAUCCCAUUACACAAGUUUGGAAGUACAGGUCCACCUACUGGAGAUAGCAGGAACAGAUCCUUGGCUGAGCCUAUUGUUCGAAUCCCUUCAUCCGCAUCUUCACGUCAUUCUAUGAAAAGCCCAAUGUCGGCAAUGAGCACAGACACCCUGACCAAGAUAGAAGCGCAAGUCCAGACCCGCCAGCCUUCGCAGCCGUCAAGAAGCCACGGUCAUUUGCACUUCCAUAGAUUAUCAGAGCCCAAAUCAGAUGGACCACCGAGUAUCCCACCAGAACGUCCUCUUCCAGCCUUGCCCCAAGAAGCAAGCAUUGGUCUCCCACGCCUUUCAAUUGAUACUUUGCGAGGGCAUUCUCGCAAGCUGGCAGCCCACGUCAAUCCGAGAAGUUCUAUAUCGACAAUUCAUACACUGGGUUCCAUUGAACCUUCCGACUCUGUUGCUAGGACCUCUCAUAACGUGGAAAAUCUUGUCCAUACGCCUUCCAAUCAGACCGAUAUAUUGAGCCUCAAACUCAUGGCUAUGAGGAACAUACCUUCGGCGGUAUCACUGACAUCCGACGGUUCCUCAAGUUCAACACGAUCAUAUAUGAAGCACAACAUAUCUGGUCCGCGUGCCGAAAAGGUCAAAGAGAAGCGACUGCGGGACUUAGCCUCUUCGAAGUCUGAUAUCAACCUGCCGGAUUCUUCAGGGCAAGUUAUCCCUUUGCUACAGAAACAGUCAUCCUCUGAGGAUGUUAAGAACAACACUGUCACCCAUUCACCGGUGCAUAAACCCUCUUAUGACGAACUUGACCAAUUUCCUGAAGUCCCCGAAUCAAGACCUACAAGUUUGAUUAGUCCAAUGCUCUCUCGCGGGAAUUCUAGAGCGCAGCAUCAUCAGGUGAUGCAUAACAUUCACAGUCGCCAAUUAUCCAAGGCUAGCUCCAACUAUCAUCCGUCCUCUCGUCCUCGCCAAAUACUCUCACAAAGCAACAUCUUUAUAGUUGUCGAUACAGACCCUGUUACUACUCGCUUCAAGGCAGGAACCAUGAGCCCUGCUCCAAGUAUUGGCAGUCUCAACAGUUGCAGCGCGAGCCCACAGCAGAAGAUGAAGCACUCAAGAUGCCCAUCGAACCUGAAGGAUGCAGCUUCCAUCCAUGGAAGUCCUUUAAAGAACAUCCGAAAUCGUGCCAGUAUCUACAGCCUCAAAAGUCAGGUCUCAGCAUCUGGAAAGUCGAGUCACACUGGAGUCAAGAAGCAUAAGAGGCCCAUGAGAAGUGUCAAUAGGAAUUUGAGCAGCUCCAGUGAUGAGUCUAAUACCGUUGUACCAUCAUUGAAUGCGAAGUCCUCAAAGCAAACCAUGAAUCGCAGAAACAAGAGAAGAAGGUGGAACAGUAAUGACAUUGGUCAUGUUAAAACUCUGGAGCAGGCCCUCGACUAUUACCGAUCUACAAUCGUGAAGCAGGAGGAGAGACUUCGCAACCAAGCUGAUCAGAUUCAGAUGAUGAUUAGAGUGAUUGCUCCGAUGAAUCGUGCCCGAGGUGUGAAAGACCCAUCUGGACUCUCAACUUUGACGGACUACUCAACCCCUGAAGAGACCCACAGAGCCUCUCGUCGCAACACUAACCAAAGGACAAGCGACACCAGAACCAUUAGGGCGUCCAAGAUCAGCUUAGGCUCUCCUAUCGACAAGAAGGGUCAAUUUGCUUCCAAGGCUCGCUGUCAGAGACCAAAUAGUCCAGGUGCCCAUAGUACAGCCUCAGGAUCGGCUAGCGCAAACACCACCGAUGCGACAAAAGCAUCUGCAGACGACGCCUCAAUGACCGACCCCUUAGAUUACGACCACAGUCCGACUGUCAACAUCAUCAAGCCCUUCAAGCCAGCCACCACAAAGGUCGACUGUCCCAAACCAGACGGUAGCAGCCGCCUGGAACCACGGCCAACCACGCGCGAGAAACCAACCAGUCAAGGCAAAGCCUCCAUCACCAACAUGUCCCUCCACCAACCGCCGCCAGUGGCUCAAAUCAUCCCACGCGGAAAGCUGCCUGAAGAGAUGAGCCUUCUCAGCUUCUCGACCCAAGCUCGCGAUUACCUAGACCUCAGCAACGACCACCCCCAGCACCACCACACGCUCAGCAAAGACAGCGGACUGAAAUAUCGAACGUUGACACAGAUUGCGCAAGACCGGCACUCCUCGCGCCGCAGCGGCGGUGGCAGGCCCGCAAGGCUCCGGAUCAAAAGCGACGACUCCUUCGACAGCGAAGUCGAAAACCAGCGCAACGCCACGAGACUCAGCGUCAACCAUGUGCUGACCAGUACCGAGCAAAUGGAUCGUGCGAUCGACCAGUUCAUGCAUUUCUAG